UGAGAUCGGCUGGAUAAAAAACACAUACAAAUAAAGCAACAACAUUGUGAAUUUCUUUAAGGAAAUACCGAUAAGUGAAGCAACAAUGAAGUUGCUUAUGUUCAAGGUACUUCUGCUGAUGAUGACUUUCGUAUCGGGCGAAGUUUUUCAAAAUUCAACUGGAUUAUGCGAGUCGCAAUGCAAGUGCAACAGCAACGGAAAGAAUUACAACAUCGAUUGUCGUACCAAAGGGAUGAUCAAUGUUCUUGCAAAUUGGCCUGAACCGCCGAAGAACUCGAACACGAUUAUUGGAAUGUUCACCAGGAACAACAUCACCAAUUUGAAAGCGUUUCCUCCCACCAAUCUAUCGUUGGUGGUUUACUUUGAUCACUGCGGAAUUGCAGAACUUGACACAGGUUUGAUGGAGAACUGCAUCCAAAUCAAGCACUUGGAUUUGAGUUACAACAGUAUUAAAGCGAAUCAGCUGCAUUCGGACGUGUUCAAAGGACCGUACAACAAUUCCGUUUACGAGCCAAUAGCUUUGGAGCAUCUCGAUCUUUCCUACAACAAGAUCCAUUCGUUGGAGCAGAAUCUGUUCGAGCAUUUACCCAAUUUGAAAUACCUCAAUUUAGAGGGGAAUCACUUCAGGAUCUUUGAUAAACCCUCGGUGAAAUCGUUCCAGAAUUUGAACCAGUUACAACAGCUGUUCUUUGGAGAGAACAGGUUCUUGUAUAUACCGGAAGAAGCGAUGAAGCCUCUGACUGAACUCAUCAUCUUAGAUUUGAGCGGAAACAUCUUCGACUUCGUUCCAAACUCUUUGGUGCAUUUGAAGAAACUGAAGAAACUAUCGGUGGAUAGGAAUCCGAUCAUCGAGUUCACCGAUCAGACUUUCGUCGGUUUAGAUUCGCUCGAGGAGAUUUCAGCGGCCGAUUUGAAGCAGAUGAUGUUUAUUAAGACGAACUCUUUCAUGCCACUGAAGAACUUGAGGAAAAUCAAUUUAUCUGGAAUGAACGUUACGAAUAUUGAGGAUGAAGCUUUCGGGGAUAUCAGACAUAUUAGAGAGUUGAAUUUGAGCAACUGCAAUCUUCAAUCGCUUCCUGUUAAACUAGUGGAUUGGUCCGUGUUGAACGUCCUGGAUUUGAAGAAGAACAACUUUUACUGCGAAUGCGAUCUCUUCAACAUUACCACACGAUUGUCGGCAGAUAUUAAGCGGGACAAGGAGGGACCUUAUUGCCACGACUUCAAAAGCGAAAAGCAAUACGAGGUGUACUCUUUAGGAUCAGACGUUUGCUUCGAACAGGAUAACAUCCUGAAUUGGUCAGGGGAUGGAUCGUCUAGCGACAUGAGGAUCAUAAGAACUUCUCUGAUAAUGCUCAGCAUUCUUCUGAUCAUGUCCGUUGUGGUGGCCUUCUGGUUAGCUUACAACAAAUUGGUGCUCUACAAAAGGAACCGAAGCUACCCCUUCGCCAGUUCCGUCAUGUACAAUCCAAUUCUAACGAAUAAUUGAGGAAGUAACAACUUUUUUUUUUAUUAUAACCGAAAAGAACAAAAAACACUAACCUGUGA